ACUUCUCUGGACUCAAUCACUUACAGUCAUUCUGGUCAAGAUGUUUAAGGUAGCAGUGACCAUCGCCAUUGUUGUUGGUUUUAUUGGAUGCUGUUUGGGAAUUACUGGAUCCAAUCAAACGAUAACUCGGGCUAAUAAAGAAAGGAUCUUUUAUUUAUCGACUAUUUUCCAAAGUAUUCCAAAAACCAUGAAACAAUUACUUUGGCUAAUGUCAGUAAACUGAUGGUCAACCUGGGACUCCCAGCAACUUCAGAUAAAGCGCCCUCUGCCGCCGUGGCUGGUGCUAAAGAGAAUGAGACCCACUGCCAUGACGAGGAGACCGGAUGUUCAUUUCUACCCACCAACAAAGAGUCCGCCAAAAAUAGUCCGACCAAGCGGUCCUUGCCUGCAGACAAUACUCAUUAUAGCCACAGUAAGUGUUUGAACACUAUGGAGUUGAUGAUGGUCUACCACUUUCAAGAUAAAAUGGCGAUAAGCAAGGACGAAUUCAUGGAUUUAUGUCCAAGUCUGAUUGUUCUUUUGGACAAAGAUGAAUGCAAGAAAAACACGACACUUUCCAUGAGUCAUAAGGAAUUACAUGACGAAGAUUUGGUCGGCCUUCUUGGAGUGGCAGUUAUUCCCAUCAUGCAACGCGUGUUUUACAACCACCUGUUGCAGUUCCUCGUGGCGCUGGCAGUUGGCGCCCUCUCUGGUGACGCAAUGCUCCAUCUUAUUCCUCAU